GGGAAAAGGUGGAAGCGGUGGCGGUCCCUGAAGCCUGGCGCAGAGGUCUCUGUGAGUGCCCAGAGGGCCGAGGAUCCCCGGGGAGCUCCAGCUGGGGUCCGAGCUGGGUGUGGGAAGCAGGGACCCCAACCAGGAUCCAAGCCAGGAGCGGAACGGGGAUCCUAGUGCUAGGCCAGCGCUGCCCCAGCGUACGUCCCCAGUGCUUUGCUCCAGGGCAUGAUGGCAGCAGAUAAAGGCUCACCAGAUACUCUGCGGCUCCAGUUCAAGGCCAUGCAGGAACUGCAGCACAGAAGGUUACAGAAACAGAUGGAGAAAAAGAAGGAGCUGAGCUGCGAAAGCAGAGCCGAUGACCAGGAGGAGUUCACAGAAAUCCCAGAUGGCCUCAGCCUUCUCAACGACGCAGAGGACCAAAACUUGAAAAACAUUUUUGAGAAGAGGGUACUUGAAGAUGAGAUCCAGCAGCUUCGCGAUGAGCUCAGGGAGACAGUCGAUGAGAGCGGGCGGCUGCAUAAGCUGCUGAAGGAAAGGGACUUUGAGAUCAAACACCUCAAAAAGAAAAUAGAAGAGGACAGAUUUGCCUUCACAGGGACAACUGGGAUGGCUGGAGAUCUAGUAGCCACCAAAAUUGUUGAACUGUCCAAAAAGAACCGGGGGCUCAUGGCGGAGUCAGAAAGUGCAAAAGCCAGAGUGAAGCAGCUGACCAAUCGCAUCCAGGAGCUGGAGCUAGAACUGCAGAUGGUACCAGCCAGGCCACCUGCCAAGCAGGCCACAGAUGUGGGCGCCAAGGCAUCAAGGAACCAGAAGGGAGACAGAGCCAUGCUGGAGACGACAGAAGUGAAGGCGCUUCAGGACAGGCUAGCAGCCAUGAACCUCAAGAUGAGCGACCUACGCAACCAGAUCCAGUCUGUGAAGCAGGAGCUCCGCAUGGCCCAGAAGGUUCUGGCCAAUGAGGUUGGGGAAGAUGUGAACAUCCAGCAGCUCCUGUCCUCACCAGGGACCUGGAGGGGAAGGGCUCAACAAAUUCUGGUUUUGCAGAGCAAGGUUCGAGAGCUGGAGAAGCAGCUGGGACAGCGUCAGAGCAAGUCUGUGGGCCUGGCCUGCGAUGAGCGGCUGGCCAACUCAGACCCAAGGAAGCUGUCGGCACAGGAGAAAAACCUGCUGAGGAUCCGAAGUCUGGAGAGGGACAAGCAGGAAAGCUGGGAGAAACUGGCCAGUGAGAGGGACACCCUCCAGACAGAGCUUGAAGCGCUAAAGAAGAAGUUCGAGGGCAUGCGGUCUCGUAACAAGGUGCUGUCCAGUGAGGCAAAGACCCUCAGGAGCCAGAUGAUGACUCUGGUGGAGAAAGGCAGGCACGAUGAUGAGCUGAUUGACACCCUCGUGGAUCAGCUAAAGCAGCUGCAGGAGAUCCUGGGAGGUCUGAGUGUGCAGGAGGAAUCAAGGCGCACAUCCCAGCAUCACAGGGACCAGAAGGUCAAUAACGAGGCCCAGCGGAGCACCAGCCUUGUGGCCCAGCUGCGGGCCAUGGUGGCUGAGAGAGAGGCCAAGGUGCGGCAGCUGGAGGUAGAGAUCGGGCAGCUCAGUGUGCAGUAUCUUCACAGUAAAGGAGCAGGUGAGGGGGCCAGUCCCACCCAUUCCAGGAUCCCUGAGGACCUGGCCCAGAUGACCAAGUCUCCAGCCUCAGCGGGUGAUCACGUUGGCCAGCUGGGAUCUUCUCGCUCUGUGACAAGCCUGGGCCACACACUUGUGGAAUCCUCUCUCACAAGGCCUUCUCUGCCCAGUCCCCAUGGGACCUCACCCAGGUUCUUAGACUCCCCAGAACAAAAGGGCUGGCAGACACAAGUGGCAGAAAUGAAGGCCCUUUGGCAGGCCGCCGAGGUGGAGCGUGACCGGCUCAACGAGUUCGUCAGUGUCCUGCAGAAGCGGGUGGAAGAGAGCAGCAGCAAGCUGGUGGAGGCUGAGCGGAGGCUGCAGGAGGAGCGCCAGCGUGCGGUGCUGCUGGAACAGCACCUGGAGAAGAUGCGCCUGGAGCCAGCCAGGACCUCGGCCUCGCAGAAAUCCACCCAGAGCAAGCCAGGCCCAUCUGCCUCCAGCACCAGGCACAACUCAACUGGAAGCGGGAAAAAGGACCUGUCCUCCACCCAGCUCUCGGAUAUGCCCAUGGAAUCCCAGAUAGAGGAGCUGACUGCCAGGCUGGCCAUCCAGAUGGAGGAGAACGGAAUACUGAGAGCCGCCUUGGGCAGCGCCCUGCGGGGGAAAGAGGAGGAUUUCCGCAUGUACCACCAGACCCUGGGCCAGGUGAAGGGGGUCUUCCUGCAGGCACUGCGGCAGCAGAAAGCCAACAAGUAGGAUGCAGCAGCUGGCCCAACUCCUGGAGGGCAACAUCUGAGGAUUGACCACCUCUGGUGCAAGCAGCACCCACUCGGCUCUUCCCAGAAGCAGCUCUGUGUACUGGCUGAAGCCAGCAGCCAGGCUGUGAGACUGAGGCUAGCUUGGACAGGGGAGGGGGCCAUCCUGCCCCAGCUGGGGCUUAGAGACUCCAUCCCAGCACAGAUACAUUCCCUUGAGCGAAUGCUGUGGGUGGCCCUUAUCCUCGGGCCCUGGGUUGCUAUGGGCUCUCCACAUAUAGAGGGGUCCUCGGUGCUUGUGGCUGGGGGAUCCACCCUCAGCUUUCCACCCCUCCCCAUAAUCCUCCACCUGGGCCCCAAUGACCUCUUGUCAUCCCUUCCCCCAUGCCUAGUCUCAGAGGCAGAGCCUCAAAGCUUGGAAAAACAAUGGUUACUUUCACAGUCAAGACAGCUCUAGUGGAGUAUGCAUGUGUAUGCCUG